AUGAUCCCAGGUACCGCCAAGGACCACUACUCGGUUCCACUUAGGGAUAGCAAAACACCUAAUUGUUCGAUGGUGUACCGCAAUCCCCUGUCUGUGAACAAACUCUUCGAUUCAAAGACUGACCACCACUUGAAAACUGCCUGGGACAUUUUUCAACAGGGUAAAUCCAAAAACCCAGAAGCUGAUUGCCUGGGCAAACGAAGACGGUUGCUCAAUGACAAAUUUUCUGAAUUUGAAUUCAUCUCCUAUGCCGCAGCUGAAAAUCUUGGCAAUAACCUGGGCAGCGCAUUGUUACAUCUAGAUUGUCUUGUUGAACAACCGUCAGGAUUCCCAAACUUAUUACCUAUUAAGCCACUUGGGAUCUACAUUCCCAAUUGUAUUGAAUGGUUAAUAGCAGAAAUUGCCUGUAAUGGGUUUGGCCUAACUUUAGUACCGAUUUACGACACUUUGGGCAUUGAAUCCACACGGUACAUUAUGAAGAUUACCCAACUCACCACUAUAAUUUCAAGUGUUGAUCUUGCACUUAACAUAUUGCAAGCUAUCGGAAACUCCCCCAAUCCUACGGAGUUUGCUCUCAAGUAUUUCAUAAUAGUAACCGAAGACCCUAUCCCUAAACAACUGGAGCAUAAUGAUCUGGGUAUAGAAAUUAAGUUGUGGAGGGAUGUUAUUGAUUUGGGACGGGCACAUCCAAGGCAUUUCUCUCCAGCCACGCCAAAUCAUAUACACACUAUAUCAUUUACCUCCGGAACAUCUGGUAUACCAAAGGGAGUUGUGAUAUCACAACAGGCAUUCACCACUACUAUAACUUCUGUUUUUGUAUCCUUUGAAUUAAGGGGAAUUACGUCAAUACCGGAUUCGUUAAAGGUGUACCUAUCAUACCUCCCUUUGGCGCACAUGUUUGAAAGAUGCUUUGUAAAUGCAGUUUACUGUAUUUCUGGCAAGAUCGGUGUCUAUUCGGGCGAGAUUAAGACGAUACUUGAUGAUUUUCAGUCGCUAAAGCCGUAUAUAUUCACCACAGUCCCACGUUUGCUGCAGCGUAUAUACGAUCGCGUCAUGAACAAUAUCCAGCAGAAGAAUUUCAUCUUAAGGGCGCUGUUUUACCGCGGCCUCUCAAUUAAGUUACAACGGAUCAAGGCCACUGGAAACUGUGAGCAUGGAUUUUAUGAUAAGAUAAUUUUUGGGAAAUUGAGGGAACUUUUGGGAGGAGAAGUAAAGUUUAUCUUUGUCGGUUCGUCCCCACUGGAUUGCAACGUGCAUAAUUGCCUCCGUGCCUUCUUCUCCGACAGCAUUGUCUCCGGUUACGCCUUAACGGAGAUCUGUGCCGGUGGCUUCUUCCAGGAUGUUGGAGACCCACAACCAAACAACGUAGGUUCCCCCUGUGUUAGCCUUGAAUACAAAAUACAAUCUGUGCCAGAGUUUGACCUGGAUGCCACUACUGAUAAUCCCAAGGGACAAUUGCUGAUAAGAGGCACAUCUGUUGCUGCAGGUUACUUUAAGGACCCCAAAGCCACUGAACAGACCUUUAAGGAUGGAUGGUUGCACACUGGUGAUAUAGUGGAGAGGUUGGAUAACGGCGCUAUAGUUAUCAUUGAUAGACUAAAGGAGAUAUUCAAAUUGGCUCAAGGAGAAUACAUUUCACCCGAUAAACUUGAAUCAACACUAUCCCGAAGCCCAUUUGUUCUUCAAUCGUUCGUCACUGGAUUGUCCACAGAACAGUUUCCCGUUGCCAUAGUGGUACCCGAUCCAGACUAUGGCAAAUUAUGGGCUAAGAAGAACAAUGCACCGAACGAUAUCAAUCUCCUAUGUGAAAAUCCGCUCUUCAAGGAUGCGAUUUUGGAUAGUAUAGUUACAGUAUGCAGAGAAGCUCAAUUGAAAGGGUUUGAGAUUGUGAAACAGAUACAUUUGGAACCUGUACCUUUUGACACAAAGAAUGGAAUGCUUACCAGCACUUCAAAAUUGAGGAGAUUGGCGGCUAGGAAAAGAUACAUGGAGGUAAUUCAGAGACUUUACGAUAUGACACGGAAGGGGACGCAGCCUUAA